AUGGCGCCUAUUCCUGUGACAAUCGUUACUGGCUUUCUCGGCUCCGGCAAAACGACCCUCCUCCUCAACCUCCUCCCCCAACUCCCGCCAACCUACCGCCUCGCCCUGCUUAAAAAUGAAUUCGGCGACGUCGCCGUCGACUCGCAACUUGCCGCGACAAACUCGAUCUCCGGCGUGCGCGAGCUACUCAACGGCUGCAUCUGCUGCAACCUGGUCGGCCAGCUCGGUGACGCGCUGGAACAACUCCGGCGCGAAGUGCAGCCCGACCGUAUCGUGAUCGAGACCAGUGGGAGCGCGUUCCCAGCGACGCUGGCAAUGGAGGUGAAUCGACUGGCGCGCGAGGGCGAUGGCGGAUUCGAGCUGGAUGGGGUGAUCAGCGUGAUCGACGUCGAGAAUUGGGAGGGGUAUGAGGAUACAUCGUAUACGGCGAAGCUGCAGGCAAAGUACACGGACCUAAUCAUCUUUAACAAGUGGGAGUUGGUCGAUGAGCGGCGAUUUGACAUGUGCCUGGACCGGGUCGGCGAUUUGGAGGUCGAGACGCCGUGGGUUAAGUCGCGGCGGGGUGUGGUCGACAAGGAUGUGCUGCUGGGCAUUGAUGGCGCGCUGUUCGCGAAGCAGGACGGAGUUGUCGAGGAUGGGCGCGAUCGGGACCAUGCGCAUGCUCACGAGCACCAGUCGGAGGUUGAGGUCUUGUCGGUUGCGCUGAAGGGAGUUGCGUCGGGGAAGACCGUCGAUGUGGCCGCACUAGAGCGGCUGCUUGCGAGCGCGCCGCGGGAGGAGGUGUAUCGCAUCAAGGGUAUCAUUCGCUGCUCGGCUCAGACACCUCCCGCAGAAACCUCGGAGGAUCUAGAGUCGCGGGUCAAGGGCGAGGCAGGCGAGGUCCGGCACUAUAUUCUCAACUGGGCCUUUGGCCGGUGGACGUGCACGCCGUCCACCGUGGUUGCAGAGUCGGCGGAUGAGUCAGUUGUCGCGCGCCUGACGCUCAUUCUGGCGCGAUAUGAAUCCGCAAAAUGGAGGAAGAAGCUGGAGACAGGUAGCUUCGUGCAGGUCACGGAAGGAGAGGAGGCGGAGUUGACUGUUCAGCGUCUGGUUUAA